UUAAUUUGCUUUUAUGUUUUAAAACCUUACUCGCCUCGCCGUUCCUCGCCGAAACCUAACUUUUCUCUUCGCUCGCCUCGCGCUCGCCUCGAGCUCGCCUCGUCGUUCCUCGCCGAAACCUAACUUUUCUCCUCGCUCGCCUCGCGCUCGCCUCGCCGUUCCUCGCCGAAACCUAACUUUUUCCUAGCCUUCGCCUCGGUGUAGCCUCGGUGUUCCUCGGCCUUCCUUGUUCAGUUGCUUGCUUCGGCGUUCCUCGCCCGCGACGCCGUGCUCCUCGACUCGGUGUUCCUCAGCGUUUGACGAGAGCCACCGACACCGACCCGUCGCCGCGACGCCAUCCCUACCACCGUCACUCUAUAACUUCACUUCAUCUAAAUCUGAAAUUCCUCAACAAUGGAAGAAAAUGAUCAGCUAUACAUUCCCCAAGUUGCAGAUGAUCGAAAGCCAAAAUAUGGGAUGGAAUUCUCAUCAAUAGAGGAGGCAUUUUCGUUCUAUAACCAAUAUGCACGAGAAUCUGGAUUUAGUGCGAUGAUAAAUAAUAGCAAGAAAAAUAAGAUGACAAAUGAAGUUGUGUGGAAAACAUUUGUAUGCUUUAAAGAAGGGCAUACAAAUGAUCAACGAAAUAAACAGGCAAACGGUGAUCAACGGACGAGGGAAAGAGCACGAGGCGAAAUUAGAACUGGUUGUAAGUCAAAGAUUUCACUUUUCAAAAAACAAACUGGACCUAAUUGGGUUGUCACUAACUUCAUGGAAGGUCAUAAUCAUCCACUUUCAACUCCUUCAAAGGUGCAUUUAUUACGCUCACAUCGUAAUGUUUCGACAACAAAGAAAGCAUUGACUCAACAGUUUUCAGAGGCAAAUGUGCCAACUUGCCAACAAAUGCGAUUAUUAGAGAUAGAGUAUGGAGGGCCUGAGCUGGUAGGUUGUACAGAAAGAGAUAUUAGAAACUUUGAGAAACAGUUAAGGGAUGAACAAAAGGGUAUCGAUGCUGAAACACUAAUCGAGUUAUUUGCAUCUGAGAAAGAGAAGAAUUCAGCUUUUUUCUUUGAUUACGAGACUGAUUCAGAUAAUAUAUUUAGUAGGUGUUUUUGGGCGGAAUAUGUAUCAAGGACGGCAUACAAUGUAUUUGGUGAUGUAGUUGUAUUUGAUACAACAUAUAACACCAACAAAUAUGGAUUAAUUUUUGCACCGUUUGUAGGAGUUAAUCAUCAUCAUCAAACAAUUGUUUUUGGUUGCGGCUUUAUAAGUGAUGAGAAAACUGAGUCUUUUGUUUGGCUGUUUAACAAGUUCAUAGAAGCUAUGCCUAAAGGUGCACCAAAUGUGAUCAUCACUGAUCAGGAUCCUGCUAUGACGAAAGCAAUUGCCCAAGUUUUCCCUCAGACAGUACAUCGAUAUUGUUUGUGGCACAUACUGAACAAAUUUCCAGAUAAAUUAGACCCUUUGACUUUUCGUGACUACUACCAAAGCAUAAAAAAUGUCAUUGGAAAUUCUACCACACCUGAUGAAUUUGAGAAUUUAUGGGAAGAAGUUAUCAAGUGUGCUAACUUGGAGAAAAAUGAUUGGUUGUCUUCGAUGUAUGAAUUACGACACAAGUGGGUGCCAGCAUAUUUUAGUCAUAUAUUUUGUGCUGGAAUGUCAAGUAGUCAAAGAUCUGAAGUUUCACAUGCAUUUUUCAAGAGGUAUGUUUCAAAUAAGAAUUCAUUGAUGGAUUUUAUCAUCCGUUUCAAUAGGGCACUGAGACACCAAAGACACAAUGAGUUAGUUGCUGACCAUAUUGAUAUGAAUGAGCUUCCCAGGAUUAAGACAAACUGGCCAAUGGAAUCUCAAAUGGUUAAGUUAUACACGAAAAAGAAAUGGAUGGAGUUUCAAAGUGAAAUAAGUGAAAUUCAUGGUUAUUAUGUGCAACAAGCAUCUAUGGGAGUUGACUCAGUGGUUUAUCAUGUGAUGAAAUUUCAAAGUAGUUCUUCCUCCAAACCAAGGGUGCUUACGCAUGACAAACAGAAGGACAAUAUAUUCUGUAGCUGUAGGAAAUUUGAGUUCGAUGGCAUUCCAUGCAGGCAUAUGUUAGCCUUUUUUCGUAUCAAUCAAGUGUUUCAUUUGCCAGAUAAGUAUAUACUCAAACGAUGGACACGAGAUGCAAAGGUUGGAGCAAUACAUGCUUUGGGUAAGCAAAAUUACAUCGAUGAUCCAGAAAGAGUUUUGAUGUCAAGACACUCAAGGUUAUCCAUUAAAGCUUCAUUAUUAAUUGAUGAUGCAUCUUUGACUGAUGAGGGGACAAAUUUCUUGGAUGAACAAUUCGAUUAUAUCUACAGCAAAAUUAAAGAGAUGAAUACUAGUAAAACAUAUGACAAUGAGGGUCAAAGGAAGAAAUCCAUGGGUAGGUCUCAUAAUAUUAUUGAUCAUUCUUUAGUAAGAACAAAGGGAUGUGGGAAGAGACUAAAAUCAUCAAAGGAGAAGUCAACUUCAAAGUCCCGGUUAUGUCGUGGAUGUGGGCAUCGAGGUGUGUCACAUGACAAGCGCAAUUGUCCAAUUUUACAACAAGGAUCAACUAUAGAUACUCAUCAUAAUAGCGAUGAUGAUACAUAUGAAGAAGAAUUAGCAUCUAUAGCUGGUUCAAACAAUAUGCGCUAGGAUAAAACUUUUGUAGAUCUAAUAACAAGUAUGAGACCGACGAUGGUGUUGAUAAUCUAGAUAACUUGCGGAAGUUUGCAAAGCAGUUCUAAAGACGAUCACCUGAAGCUGCAGCACCUAAAGGUGGCAAAGAUGACGAUAUCCCAGAUCUAGUGCUUGGAAAGACAUUUGAGCAGGCUGCUUAAUCUUGGCGAUGUAUUUUUUUAUAUAUAUUUCAUAUCAAUUUUGGAAGAUUUAAUUAAAUGUUGGUGCUAAUGGAUAAUUUUUUUUUAUUUGUUGGUGUUAAUCUUUAUCACUUUGAAUUUUAUUUGUAAAUUGUAAAUUCAUUUAUUCUCAUAUGCAUAAGACAGUUACAGCACAUAAGUACUGUAUUUAUAUCUGAUGAAUUUUUUUAUAUAUAUUUCAUAUCAAU